AAUCACUGAGCUCAGUCACUUGUUCAGUCCAGUUUUCUUCAGACGUGCCCUGCCACCACCACCAGAAACAUGUACCGCGCCGCUCUCUGUCUCCUUGCCCCCACCAUGGGAAGGGGCAUGCAAAGAUCCCUCUCCUGCCUCGCCGCUCCCACCGUCAACAGAAAAGUCGGGGUGAUUGGCGCGGCUUUUGAGAAGGGACAGGUCAGACGUGAUGGACGUCGCAUAGGCGUGAGUGACGGACCCAAAGUCAUCAGAGAGACAGGAGUGCUCAACCAUCUCGCCGGUUUAGGCCUGGACAUUCGGGACUUCGGGGAUGUGGAGGAUAAGAACAGUGAUACCAAGGACGCGGAGAUACAGCUGGGACCUGACGGGGAGCGCCACCACACCACCGUUUUGGAGUAUAACCGACGCCUGGCCGCCUCCGUGAGUGAGGUGGUGAAAGAGGGGAGAGUGUGCGUCACCCUUGGCGGCGACCACUCCAUCUCCAUCGGCACUCUGAAUGGCCACAUGGCUGCCGUCCCAGACCAACAAGUGGUGGUGCUGUGGGUGGACGCGCACGCUGACCUCAACACGGGCGCCAUCUCCCCGACAGGCAACAUGCACGGGAUGCCUGCGGCCCAUCACCUGCGUGGUAUGGCUCAGCAGAUCAACAGGAUGGCUGACGGGUGGCCGCAUCCUUGCCUGGACGCGCAUCACAUCGUGUACGUUGGCCUGAGGGACGUGGACCCCUGUGAGAGAGAAUUGAUGGACCAGAUGGGUAUACUCUCAUUCAGCAUGCGAGAGGUGGAUCGUGUGGGCUUUCACAAUGUACUAGAGGCCGCCCUGUCCCACCUCAAGCCCUCUCCCAGCAGACCUCUCCACCUCUCCUUCGACAUCGACGCCCUUGACCCUGUAGAGGCCCCCAGCACCGGCACAAGAGUGCGUGGCGGCCUAACCUUACGCGAGGGGCUGGCACUAUGCGAGGCGGUGCAGGAGACGGGUUACCUCAGCGCUCUGGAUCUGGUGGAGGUGAACCCAAGCAUAGGAACGGGGGAGGACGCAGCCAUUACCACCAACGCCGCCCGCCUCCUUCUCCUUAGCGCUCUUGCCGGUAGAAGAACUUAGGUUUCGAAAUGCGGCACGUCUCUCUCUCUCUCUCUCUCUCUCUCUCUCUCUCUCUCUCUCUCUCUCUCUCUCUCUCUCUCUUUUCUUAGGAUAUUUGUUCAUACUUGUCCUACAUUCUUUUUCUAUAUUUUGUUAAGACUUUUUCAUUAUAAUGUUGUGUGUGUGUGUGUGUGUGUGUGUUGUAAUGAUUGACUGUGAUCUGAUAUAUGUAGGUUGUGAUGUAUAGGUAAACGUAUUGUCAUUAUACUACUACUACUACUACUACUACUACUACUACUACUACUACUACUAUUCUUUUUAAGGACAAUACCCUUUUCAUCUUUAUUUUUCGUAUGCAUUUAAUCCUUCUCACACGUGCAUAGUAAGAUAUUGCUCGUUCUCUUCUGUCUUUCCUCAUAAGAUCUCUCUUUAUUAUAAGUUUCCUCUUUUCCCACGGUUUUGUGAAGACCGGCGACUGACUUGCAUUUAACUAUCGUACAGUCACUCUGCUAUUACCGUACAGUCUUUCUACGCAUCAUGUCACGUUUCUUCCUUUAUUGACUACUUUCCUACUUUUACAGUGCCAUAUGACUUCUAAUACCUACUGUUUCAUUGCAUCAAUAAUAUCAUGCGUGUUUGUAGUUUAGGGAUAGAUCAUUAACAUACAUACUGCUGGUACAAUCGAUGUGUUACGAUGAUUCAUGUGAUAAUAGCUGUUCGACCACUCCACUAUGAACGUAAUUGCUCAAAACACGAAUGGCAGAUUCUAUGAAAUAGUUAUAAUCUCCUCCCACAUCACCUAUAUUUAGAUUUCAGUAUCUAUAUAAUGACGCCCACAAGUGUUUUGAACUUCCGGCCCUCGAGUACAGCAUCUCUUCCAUGGUUAUUUUUGCAUUACAACUUCUCUCAGUAACCUUAAUCUUCCAUGUCUUACUUGCUAAUUUGCCAUGUCCCAUAUUCUGAAACACUUCCGCACCGCACCUCCGCUAUAGUAUAUACAUGAUGAGGGUCUAGUUGAAGAGACGCGAGUUUUUAAUUACGGUAAUUUCGUGGUUCUAGUGACAGGUUGGUAAGGUUUUUACAUUAUUAACUGCAGAAUCACUUGAGAAUCCGACUAAUAACCUGCGCAGCUUUUGAAAAUAGUCGUUGUGAGAGAGCAAAUUAUUUCUAUAUGCAGAAUGAAAGUACUAAUAUUAUCUAUACAUGUAGGUAUAUAUAGGUCAUUUAAUUCUGUCCUUCAUUCCCUUGUUCCUCUCGCUGCUAUUAGUGGUCAUGGUUGUUGGGUUAUUAGUGGGUAAAUGCAAUCCAGCUAAAUGAUAAAAGUAUAAGUGAUACAUUUUUAUACAUAUAGCCUAUUUUUAUAACUGGACAUGUCUGAUUAUUCCAAUCUUGUUCCCAUAUUUCUAUUUUCUUUCUUUUGUCACUUGUCUCUACCAGUUAUUACGCCGUAAGCUUGUUAAGUGUUUUUGUAUGAAUACAAACGGAUUAUAUAUGUAA